AGAGAGAGAGAGAGAGACAGCUUACAGUGAGUGAGGUUGACAGACUAACUGACAGCUCUUACUUUUCAUUUAGGAACUUGAAGACAUCUGGACUACUUUUGUCAAUACAAGCCUGCGGGACGCGGUCAAGCAGCAGGCAUGAACUCUCAGACCACGAUCUGCAGUGGAACGAGCAGAUACUGAAAAGAGCUUCGAUUAAAGCUCAUCAGGAUGGGCUGCACUUGCAGUGGCCACAAAAUUGUAAAGAAGGGAAAACACAACUCUCAGGCCUCCAAUUCUCUGAAUCACAUAGCGCGAAGAGGAAACGCCUGUUUGGAUAAUGAUGACAUUUUCUUUGUGGCUCAACACAACUUCAAGGCGAAGAAUGAAAGAGAUCUACCUUUCAAAAAGGGAGACAAACUCACCGUUUUGCAAGAGAAUGGAGAAUGGUGGCUGGCUAAAUCACUGGCAACUGGACAAGAGGGAUACAUUCCAUGUAAUUAUGUAGCCAGAGCAGACACACUGGAGGUUGAAAAGUGGUUCUUCAAAGAUUUGAGUCGGAAAGAAACAGAACGACUGCUUCUGGCUCCUGGAAACAAACCAGGUUCCUUUCUAGUUCGACAGAGUGAGACCUGUAAAGAAUCCUUCUCACUGUCGGUCAGAGAUCGUGUACCAGAACAUGGAGAUGUGGUAAAACACUAUAAGAUCCGCUGUUUGGACAAAGGUGGCUACUACAUCUCUCCUUCCACCUCAUUCCCGUCCCUACAGGAACUGGUUACAUAUUACAACCGUACGGCCGACGGUUUGUGUCGCAGACUGUAUGCUCCCUGUCGGCCUCAGGCCCCACAGCUGCCGUGGGCCCAGGAUGAAUGGGAGAUUCCCAGAGAGACGCUGAAAAUGCUGAAGAAACUUGGAGCAGGGCAGUUUGGAGAAGUGUGGAUGGGUUACUACAAGAACACGCAGAAGGUUGCAAUUAAGACCUUGAAAGAGGGAACGAUGGCGCCUGAGGCAUUCCUGCAGGAGGCCAACCUCAUGAAGCAGCUGCAGCACGAUCGGCUGGUGCGCCUUCACGCUGUGGUCACCAAAGAACCCAUUCUCAUUGUCACAGAGUUCAUGAUCAAUGGAUGUCUUCUAGACUUUCUUAAAACAGACGAGGGGAAAAAGCUACAGCUCAAUAAGCUGAUAGACAUGUCAGCGCAGAUAGCUGAAGGCAUGGCUUACAUCGAGAGGAAGAAUUACAUCCACAGAGACCUGCGUGCGGCCAACAUAUUGGUCAACGAUACCCUGCACUGCAAGAUAGCAGAUUUUGGCCUGGCACGUAUCAUCGAGUCAGAGUACACAGCUCAAGAAGGUGCUAAAUUUCCUGUCAAGUGGACGGCUCCAGAGGCCAUCAAUUUUGGGACGUUCAGCAUCAAGUCAGAUGUCUGGUCCUUCGGGAUCCUCCUGACGGAAAUAGUCACAUAUGGACGAAUACCCUACCCAGGGAUGACAAACCCGGAGGUGAUCAGGAGUCUAGACAAGUCGUACAGGAUGCCGUGUCCAGAUCGAUGUCCCGAGGAACUCUACGACAUUAUGAAUAUGUGCUGGAAGCAGAAACCCGAAAACAGACCGACUUUUGAGUUUCUGCAGAACAUUCUCAACGACUUCUUCAUCGCCACAGAGGGACAAUACGAGAUGCAGCCGUGAUGUAAGAGAAAUGUACUGAAGAUCAAGCGAGCAUCUUAGUGACGUAUACAAUUAUUAUUUUUUCAAGUGAACGUAAUGUUUUUUUACAUGUACUUUGCGUGUGUGAAUAUAAAAGCUACUUAUUUAUGGCUUCCUCUCUGUCGAAGAGCAUGCAGACUCAUGUCACAACUUUAGCAACUUUAGCAUUGAGGGUUUUUUUUUACACUGACUGUCCUCCUGCUAUUGAUGGCUCAUAUUCUUGCUGAGUGUCAAGGAGACAUAAAUCUGGAAAUACAAAUACACGAUAAAAAACAAAUGUAAAUGUUAUUUAAAUGUUUGCAUGGUACAGAAAUGAGUAGCCCGAGAUUACAACUACUUUGCACUUUUUUUCUUAUUCCUUCAUUCAUUCCUUCAGUUAUAUAAAGACAGGGAAUUUAAAAUAAAUGCAUCACUUUUUUUUCCAAAAUAAAAUAUUUAAAUCAUUUUGAGCGGCUUCAUUCUUGUCUAUAAAAAGUGUUCAAAGUGUCACAAAUGUGAUAUUUAAAGAUGAUGACACUGUCAUGCACAGGAUGUGACAUACAAACCAGCAGACCGAAUUAAAGUUGCGGUCAAACUUUACUUUGACUUACUGUCUGUACUGUAUGUAAGUGAACAAUGAGAGUUUAUAUGUUUACCUCAGCACAGAGUGUGUGAGAGCCCACAGCAGCCAACAGGAAGCUUUUAAAAGCAACUGCUUUUAGGAAAUUACAGUUUUGAUGGUCUAACUUUCCCCUGGAGGCUCAGGCAGUAUCUUCAAGAUAAGAGCGUGGAGUGGCUCAAGCAGCCAGGGGUUAAACUCCGCCAUUUCCUGAAUGGACCGGAAACAGGAAGUGUGAGUCAGCAUUCCUGAAAUGCCACACAGCUAGAAUGUACUCACAUCAACAAAAUUGCUGUACAUCUAUUUAUUUACGCUGGAAAAUAAACGUUUUAUUACA